AACAGCGAUGCGUUCGAACGUGUCGCUUCUCGCGCUCUUAUCGCUGACCGCUCUGUCAGCUAGCUGGUAUGAGGUCGUACAGGGUGCAAACAUUCUUUGCAUCAUGACCGUCCCUAGUCCUAGCCACCAUAUUUGGAACCGUGUCAUCAUGGAGGAGCUUGUAGAAAGGGGACACAAUCUAACCGUGGUGUCUCAGGAUGGAGAUAAAUCCCGGACCAACCUUACCUACAUUCUGCUCGAGAAAGUGUACUCCACACUGUACGAAGAUGAAGGAAUAGAUCUGCUGGAGGUCUCGAAAGAAACACCUUUCCAGUCGCUGUUCACCUUCAAGGAGUUUUACCUGCGCAUGUGCCAAGGUGCACUGAAAUCGGACGGCUUAAAUGUGAUCCUAAGCUAUCCGGACAGUUUCCAGUUUGAUGUGGUUCUGUACGACUUCGGUUGUGGUCCAUGUCUAUUGCCAUUGUUACACAAAUUUAACUACCCACCGUUGAUCAGCCUGACGGCGUUCAGUAACCCACCCUACUCGGUGGACAUUGUAGGUGGACACAAACAUUUCGCCUAUACGCCACAUUUCGCUCUGCCUUACGGCUUCGAUAUGUCCUUUAUUGAACGGGUGUACAACACGUACAUCUGUCUGUGGGAUGCUGGGUUACGCAAGUUUACCAUCAUGCCAACGCUGGACGCGAUGGUAAGAAAACGGUUCGCGUUCGAAAACAUGCCACACAUACAGGACAUCGAACGACGCACCGUACUGAUGCUGGUAAACACCAAUCCUUCGUUUGAUGCACCCGAACCCUUAUCCCCGAACGUGAUACCGAUCGGUGGUGCCCACAUCAAGGCCCCUAAACCACUGCCAAGCGAUCUGGAGGAGUUUGUGGGGAAGGCCAAAAAAGGUGCGGUUCUGUUUUCGCUCGGCUCUAACAUACGCUCCGAUACGAUUGGCGAGGAGCGACAGCGGAUGUUCAUUGAGGCAUUCCGCCAAAUGCCGGACUAUCAUUUCCUGUGGAAAUUUGAAUCACAUCUCAACAUUCCUCUGCCGCCAAAUGUGAUCAUUAGACCGUGGCUUCCACAGAACAGUAUUUUAAACCACCCCAGAACGAAAGCUUUCAUCACACAUUCCGGUGGAUUAAGCACUCAGGAAGCUUCUUGGUUUGGUGUGCCCCUGAUUGGAAUGCCGUUUUUCGUCGAUCAGCACCGCAACAUGAAACGAUCUAUAAUCAGUGGUGUAGCGGAAAAGCUUGAUUUUGCCUCCGUGUCCACCGAAAAGAUACGAACCACCGUUGUGAAGGUGCUGGAAACGCCGAUCUAUCGUGAAAAUAUGCAACGCCGUGCAAUGUACUUUCGCGAUCAGUCGGAUAAGCCGCUCGAUCGUGCAAUAUGGUGGAUCGAAUACGUGUUGAGGCAUCCAACCGUACAGCAUCUUCGUUCGCCAACGCUUAAGCUCGGUAUGGUGAAAGCAAAUCUUUUGGAUGUGUACUUGUUCUUUAUUGUCGUAAUCGUAAUUGUUGUGUCGUUUGCCGUGUUCAUAGUAAGACGUACCGUAUGUCGCCGUAAAAGACAAACGAAAAAGAAACGGCAGUAAAAUGUAUGUACGAUGUGUGUUGAAAUAAUACAACACUUUAAGAAUAACUGGCCAAUUAAACAUUGUUCUUAAAAUAAAAUUGGACAUCAUC